AUGUAUGUGGGAUACCUAUUGGAUAAAGAAAGCGGCAUGUAUCACCAAGGGCCAGUAAGAAGAUCAAGCAUCAAUCUGCCUCCACAGAACUUUGUUUCUACGCCUCAGUACCCCGACUUUUCUGGAUACCAUCAUGUGCCGAACAUGGAUACGCACGCACAAUCUGCGGGGAGUUGGGGACCUACAUAUGGCGCUCCACGGGAGGACUGGGGUGCAUAUAGUCUGGGACCACCUAAUACUAUUCCUACACCCAUGAACAACUCAUCUCCCGGACAAGUUCCUUACUGUUCAUCUGAGUACAGUCAUAUGCAUCCUCCAGGAUCUGCGGUGUUACAGCCGCCACCGGAGAACGUUACCGUUGCACAACUUUCUCCUGACAGAGAAAGGCGCAAUUCAUUCCAGUGGAUGAGUAAAACCGCGCAGUCGUCUUCCACAGGUAAAACACGGACGAAGGAGAAAUACAGGGUAGUGUACACAGACCAUCAGAGGCUGGAGCUGGAGAAGGAAUUUCAUUUCAACAGAUACAUCACAAUCAGGAGGAAAUCUGAACUGGCGGUCAACCUCGGUCUGUCGGAAAGACAGGUGAAGAUCUGGUUUCAGAACCGCAGAGCCAAAGAGAGGAAGAUGAUUAAGAAGAAGAUGGGUCAGUCUGACGGCAGCGGGGGUUCAGUGCACAGUGACCCGGGUUCAGUGAGCCCUUUGCCGGUGCCGGGCUCCCUCAGCCCCACAGACAUCCACGGCUCUAUGUACCCUCCACAGGGAAUGAACACCUUGCCAUCUAUCAGGAAUAUACAGCAAGUGACAGUGACUCAGUGA